AUGAUUAAUUUAUCAAAAAAACUUAAGCGAUUUAUAUCUUUUUCAUGAGAAGACCCACUGAAUUUAGAUAGCUUAUUAAAUGAAGAAGAAAAACUAGCAAGAGACAGCGCUAAAAGAUUCGCUGAACAAUAUCUAAAACCCCGAAUUUUAAAUGACUACAGAAAUGAAAGUGGAGGUAGAGAAAUCGUAAAACUUUUAGGAGAUUACGGAGUAUUCAGGCAAGAAACCACACAAAAUAGUGUCGUUUUUGGGCUAAUUAAUAAAGAAAUAGAAGCCAUUGAUACAGGGUAUAAGACAAACAUAUCGACUCAAUAUGCAGCUACAAUUUUCCCUAUAAGAUUAUAUGGUAGCAAAAAAUUGCAAGAAAAAUAUCUUGAAAAGCUGGAAUCUGGAGACUUUGUUGGAGCAAUUGGUCUAACUGAAGCAAAGCAUGGCUCAGAUGCUGAAGGAAUUGAAGCAAAUGCCGUUAAAAAAGGCUCUAAAUAUGUGAUUAACGGAACCAAAACUUGGGUUUCUAACGGGACUAUUGCAGAUAUUUUUAUUAUUUGGGCAAAAAAUGAAAAACAAGAAGUCACUGGUUUUGUAAUCGAAAAAAAUACCCCAGGACUUUUUAUAGAAAAAUUAGAAGGCAAAUUAUCAUUAAGAGCCUGCCAAACAGCUACAGUCUCUUUAAAUAACGUCGAAGUAUGUGAAGAGAACGUAUUAAAAGCUGCAGGCAUGAAAGGACCGCUUGCUUGUGUAGGAGAAGCAAAAUUUGGGCUUCUUUGGUCUGCAUAUGGAGCUGCAGAAAGCUGCUACAAAAUUGCUAGAAACUAUGCAAUAGAGAGAAAACAAUUUGGAAAACCCCUUACUCCCCCCUCCGUGAGUGAACAAAAAAAUUUUGCUCAUUUAAGGAAGGGGGUUAAUUUUUUUUUUUUAAAAAAAUUUAUAUAUAAAUUUUAAAAAAAUAUAUUUUUUUCGAAAUUUAAAAAAAAUCCUAAUUCGCAAAAAAGCAAAUAUUAAUUUAAUUUAUAAAAUUUAUGUUUUAAAAAGCAAUUUUGUUUAAAAUUAAACAGAAUUAGCAUUAGAUUUCAUUAUGCUAAUUAUCACUUAUAUAUCAAAAUUUUUUUCCAUAAAAAAAUUUUCGUUCACUCACGGAGGGUGGGUUUUUAGGCAAAAAAUAGGGAUUUUUCUAAUGGUUUUGUUAACUCACGGGGGGAGUUAGCACAAACCCAAUUAAUCCAGAAAAAACUAGCUGAUAUUGCCACUGAAAUUUCUUUAGGACUACUUUCUGCUUAUCAUGCUUCUAAACUCCGAGAUGAAGGAAAAAUUACUUUACAAAUAGCAUCUAUGCUAAAAAGAAAUGCUUGUCAAAAAUCCUUACAAAUCGCAAGAGAGGCUCGAGAUAUGCUUGGGGCGAACGGAAUUAUUGAUGAGUAUGAAGUUAUAAGACAUUCAGCUAAUUUAGAGACAAGCAUUGCAUAUGAUACAGCUGCUGAUAUCAAUGCAUUGAUCCUUGGGAGAUCAAUAACUGGGUUUAAAGCCUUUUAA